AUGGCCCGCUCAUUCGCUGCCCCUAGAGCUGUAUAUGAUCUGACUUGGGAAGAACUAACUGAAGGGCUCCAAGCCUACUAUGCCCCAACCCCAUCUCAGAUCGCCCGCCGUUUCGCCUACCGCAGGCGAGUGCAGAAGCCGUCCGAAUCAGUCAAUCAAUUCUUGCAGGCUCUGCGAGUCGCUGCAGCGCAAUGUGACUUCCCUGACUUGGAAGACAACUUAGCGGAGCAAUUUGUGUGCGGCCUCAAGGAUAUAUUCCUGAGGCGCCGACUCCUUGGAAAACCUAAAGUCACCCUAGUCUACGCCAUUGACGAAGCCAGGGCCGCCGAACUUGCCGACCUCUCCUCAGUAGAGAUCGACCGUUAUUUACCUCAUGCCGCCGCUUUUUCUAUUGUGCCAGCCUUGCCUGCCUUACCAGCCUUGCCGGGGCCUGACCCCGCACCACCACAGCCAUCUACAUACAUUACUAACUUAAUUGAUGAGCUGCCACCCUUGCCGGAAAAUUUCUACACUGACCAGGUGGAUCGCCUACGGGCCACCCCUCACCGGCCUCAACAACAGCAGCCGGCGCUGAUCCGCACUCCUGCAGCCUCUCCUGCUUGCAUAGGCUGCGGUGGCUCUCAUACCCGCUCUACCUGUCCUUUCGAGACCGCCGUCUGCCACCGAUGCGGCAAGAAGGGUCACUUGACGCAGGUUUGCCGGGCCGCCCUGCCUCCUCUCUCACCAGCCGAACAACCUCCAGUCUACGGUCGUCCUCCUCCUCCAAAGAAUCAACCGGCCAGACGUCAGCAGCCACGCCGUGAAGACUGCUAUACCCCUGCGGUGUCCAUCAACCUGGCCUCAGUGGGGUUAUCUCUGACAGGAGUGCACAGUGUGGUGGACACACCCUCUGAUGUAGCAGCAGUCCUUAAGGACUAUGCUGACAUCUUCAAUGGGCAGCUUGGCCAAUACAAGGGCACCCCUAUCUCCCUUAACUUGGACCCCCAGGUUGCCCCCAUCAGGCUGAAGGCCCACAGGGUGCCUUUUGCCUUGAUGCUAAAGGUUGAUGCCGAGCUAGAUAAGCUCUUGGCGCAGGGAGUGCUGGAGCCCGUUGACCAUUCACGCUGGGAGACCCCCGUAGUCAUCCCCGGCUGCAUUUUCUCCAAACUGGAUAAGGCGCAGGCCUAUCAGCAGCUCCCUGUGGAUGACGAUGCGGUGGCGGCCCAGACCAUCAUCACCCACCAGGGGGCUUUCCGCUGUCGCUGCCUCCAAUUCGGCAGGAACUACAGCCAGAUAGACAAGAAGGCUCUGGCUGCGGUGUCCGGGGUUAAAAAGUUCCACGACUAUCUUUAUGGUCGGCACGUUACCCUCUACACUGACCACAAGCCUCUCCUUGGGCUUCUCGCAGGUGAUAGGCCGACCCCCCCCAUCCUAUCCCCUAGGAUGACCCGCUGGACGGAGUUCCUGGCUGCGUACUCCUACGCCCUAUGCUACUGUCUGGGCAAGCACCUAGGCCAUGCCGAUGCCCUUAGUCGCUGCCCCCUUCCUUGCGAGGACCCCCAGCCAGUCCCCUGCCUCUCGGUCCUAUCCAUCACCGAGCUGGACCUGCCCCUAACCUCCACGGACGUGGCCUCCAACUCUCGAGCUGACCCUGUCCUUUCUCAAGUCAUGGCAUGGGUCGUGAGAGAUUGGCCUACAGAGCCUAUCCACCCUGACUGCUGGGCCUUGAGGUCCCGCCAGCUGGAACUCUCCCUCCACUCCGGCUGCCUCCUCUGGGGCGACCAUGUGGUCAUCCCAUCGGUCCUACGCAACCAAGUCCUUCAGCGGCUCCAUGCCGAUCACCCCGGGGUCGCGGGCAUGAAGGCGCUGGCCCGCAGCUACGUGUGGUGGCCCGGCCUCGACUCCGAGAUCGAGGCCUGGGUCGCCCGCUGCGUCCCAUGCCAGGAAUCCUGCCCAUCUCCACCCUCCUCCCCCUCCCGGGAGUGGGAGAUGCCUCGCGGGCCCUGGUCCCGCAUUCACAUAGACUUUGCAGGCCCCUUCCACGGCCAGGUAUUCUUGGUGGCUGUAGAUGCAUACUCUCGCUGGGUGGAGCUGAUCUUAAUGCUCUCCACCACAGCCAAGAGCACUGUGUGGGCCCUGCGAUGGUUGUUUGCUACCCAUGGGUUGCCGGACACAGUUGUGUCCGACAACGGCCCGCAAUUCACAUCUACUGCCUUCCAAACAUUCCUGGCCGCCCAAGGGAUCCGCCAUGCGCCAGUUGCCCCUUACCAUCCGGCCAGCAAUGGCCGGGCGGAAAGGGCAGUCCGAUCGGCCAAGGAGGCUUUGGGCCGCAUGAACCAAGGCGAUUGGCAGGAACAUCAAGACCACAAUUCUUUCCUUCUCUGUGUCCCAGUGUCAAAUCUACUUGCCACUUUCUAUGGUUCCCUGGAGCAAUGUUCUGUCAAAACAUUGAGGAAAUCGACCACCAGAGAAGCUCUCAGACAGAAGCUCUCAGACAGGUCACUCAGCUCCCCUCAGACCAGAGAUAUGCCAGCAACAAGAGGGUAUAAAUUUGGAUAUGCUGAUGAUCUGGCCAUAGCAGUACAAGAAAAACACAUGGAGGGGGCAGUCAGCCUCUUCUCCCAAAAUCUUAAGAUCUUGGGAAAAUUCUUCACUGUCUGGAGGCUCACUCCUAGUGAUAGCAAAAUGGUAACUAUGUGCUUUCAACAAACUAGCAUAACCCCCAUCCAUAGUACCUUGGAGUAA